AAUUUGAGAAGGAGGCUGGGAGCGCGAGAGACAUCUCUAGAAGUCGUACCAGAAACCUGGAGGGACACAGAAGGGAAUGGUUGCUUCCUGUACCCGGAGCAUUACACUGCACCACGGGUGAUAAAGGCUGCUAAGAAAGGAGAACCUCCAACGGACCUGUGGAAAUCUUUCCCAGUUAAAAAGGAGUGGCUUACCACAGAGUCAUGGGAUCGUGCCAACAGAAGGUGCACGAAAUUGGUCGCAACUAGCAACCCAAGCGAUUCUGAGGAGGAUUUAAGCAUCAGGAAGCGGAAGAGGAAGAAGAAUUCCAAAUACAUAGAUGAAGAUGACGAUGAUGACUGUGAAAUGAUCAUGGACAACAGUCGUGACACAAUCUCGGAAAGUGAAGAAGAACAAGUAAACCUCCCAACACCACCACGUCUUCUAGUUGCAAGUAAGUUUCAUCAUCUUUUGAUAAUUUUGCACAGAUAUUGACAUGCAUAUGAAGUACACUGUUACAGUCA